AGCAAAGCAGGGUGGAUGACAUCAUGGGCUAGGGAACAGUGAGCAGCCAGUGAAGCAUCCAGCCUGCCGAACAAGCUUGCUUUUAGGGUCAGGAACUGGUCUGACAAGAGAAUGGCAAUCCUGCCUUUAAACUGUCAUUAGGCCUGUACGGUUGACGAUGAAUCUACCAGAGCUCCGGGCUCAAAGGCAAAACACUGAGCAAGAGAAUGUGAAGACAUAUUUCAGGACAUUGUGAGUGCUACUAAAGAUGUCUGAUAGUGUCGAUAUUGAAGAGAAACCACCAGCCCCCCCCUUGAGAAUGAACAGUAGUUCCCGAGACUCUUCAUCACUGAAUCACGCCUCUAAACCGCUUCCAAUGGCUCCUGAAGAGAAAAACAAGAAAGUCCGUCUGCGCUCCAUCUUCCCCGGGGGAGACAAGACAAACAAGAAGAAGGAGAAGGAACGUCCUGAGAUAUCCCUACCCUCAGACUUUGAACACACCAUUCAUGUUGGCUUUGAUGCUGUAACAGGAGAAUUCACAGGUAUCCCAGAGCAAUGGGCACGUCUCCUACAGACCUCGAACAUCACCAAGCUGGAGCAGAAAAAGAACCCGCAGGCUGUGUUAGACGUCUUAAAGUUCUACGACUCCAAAGAGACCGUCAACAACCAGAAAUACAUGAGCUUUACCUCGGGAGACAAGUCGGCACAUGGGUACAUAGCAGCAAACACUCUGAACCGACUGCUGUCAUCUGGGCCUCCUGUCAGCCUUAGAACCUGCAGCGCAUUAUUUGACAAGGCUGCCAAAACAUCAUCGUCAGAGCCCCCUAUCGCUCCGCCUGUGUCAGAAGAGGAGGAUGAUGAAGAAGAAGAAGAGGAGGAGGAAGAGGAAGAAGAGGACGAUGACGACGAGCUGCCCCCAGUCAUCGCACCUCGGCCCGAGCACACCAAAUCUAUCUACACACGCUCUGUCAUGGACCCAAAGCCUCCCACCCCUGUGAAAGAAGUGGUGACUCCACCAGAGUCGCAGGUCCAGCCGGAUAACACGUCCAACACAAUGUAUCGCCACACUGACCGUCAGAGGAAGAAGUCCAAAAUGACAGAUGAGGAGAUUCUGGAGAGACUCAGGAGUAUUGUGAGCGUGGGGGAUCCCAAAAAGAAGUACACACGCUUCGAGAAAAUAGGACAAGGAGCGUCCGGCACUGUGUACACUGCCAUUGACAUAGCAACUGGCCAAGAGGUGGCCAUCAAGCAGAUGAACCUACAGCAGCAGCCCAAGAAAGAGCUGAUCAUCAAUGAGAUCUUGGUGAUGAGGGAAAACAAAAACUCCAAUAUAGUGAACUACCUGGACAGUUACUUGGUAGGAGAUGAGCUAUGGGUGGUGAUGGAGUAUUUGGCCGGUGGCUCGCUGACAGAUGUAGUGACUGAGACCUGCAUGGAUGAGGGCCAGAUUGCUGCAGUCUGCAGAGAGUGUCUUCAAGCCCUGGACUUCCUACACUCCAACCAGGUGAUCCAUAGAGAUAUUAAAAGUGACAACAUCCUCUUGGGGAUGGAUGGCUCCGUCAAGCUCACCGACUUUGGCUUCUGUGCCCAGAUCACUCCAGAACAGAACAAGCGCAGCACGAUGGUGGGAACACCCUACUGGAUGGCACCAGAGGUGGUAACUCGGAAGGCUUAUGGCCCAAAAGUGGAUAUCUGGUCCCUGGGGAUCAUGGCGAUAGAGAUGGUGGAGGGAGAACCGCCCUACCUGAAUGAGAAUCCACUCAGGGCGCUGUACCUGAUAGCUACCAACGGGACUCCAGAGCUGCAGAACCCAGAGAGGCUGUCAUCUGUGUUCAGAGACUUCCUCAACCGCUGUCUGGAGAUGGAUGUGGACCGCAGAGGCUCUGCCAAGGAGCUGCUCCAGCAUUCUUUCCUCAAACUGGCGAAGCCUCUAUCCAGCCUGACGCCUCUGAUUGUAGCUGCGAAGGAAGCCAUAAAGAACAGCAGUCGCUAGGGUGUGACCUGUGUCCCCACCCGAGGCUGGAGCCCUGCCUGUGAUGUGUGCGUUCAUGGGGGCAGGGGCUUGGGUGUGUGGAUGGUGGGUGACGUUACAGUGACAGCACAAGGAGGGGGGAUGGUUUUUGUGACUUAUCGUGACAGCAAAAGGAUAAAUGACCCCCAGGCCUCAUAUGUAGGACGGACAUCUGGCCUUGCAGCCUCUCGGCCCAUGCUGCUGAAAAGACCUUGCCUCCUUGUUUACUUUUCCAGCACUCUGUACAUGUAGAGCAGUCCAUCACAAGUGUGUGUGUGUGUGUGUGCGUAUGUGUGGGUGUGUGUGUGUGCGAGUGUGUACCAAAUGUGCACAUUUCUUUGUGUCAUAUGUCUUGUUUGGCAGCAGUCGCUCCCCAAACCAAGAAAAUACAGUGAAAAAAA